UUAGCUGUGGUGAGCGAGUUACCUGGUUUUGACAUCGCUGAUGAAUGACAAAUUUUAAUAGCGCCCCAAAAUAGUUAAAAAGGCAACAUACAUCAAUCGCACAAUGGAUAAUUGUUCAUUGACGAACAUGUGACUGAUCCAAGUAGCCAGAGAAUGGAUUCGUAAAUUGCUCGCUUUCCUGAUCUACAGACUUCACUGGAAGAUCCGUUCAAUCAACCCGUUUAUUCGGUAAAGCUCCUAUCAUCUCCACCCCUUGAAUCCGAGCUUUCUUUGGUGAUGUUAUCUCAGAGGCAUCCAAUCUAAUAAGAUGAUUGGUGGGAAAAGUUAUAUACUCGGAGGCAGUGUAUCACUUGCCUUAGUCAUCCUCAUCCUUUUCAUGAUGACCCUCCUUGUCUCCGAGGAUAACCCACUUCACACUUCUCUCUUUGAUGUUAAACGUCAGUUCACUUCUUCUUCUUCUUCAGGUAUUUGUAACUUUGCAAAGGGGAAAUGGGUGAAAGACGAGAACCGACCGUUGUAUUCUGGUUUUGAAUGCAAACAGUGGUUGUCAACCAUGUGGUCCUGUAGAGUAAUGGGCAGACCAGAUUUCUCUUUUGAGGGUUACCGGUGGCAACCACAUGGUUGCAACAUGCCACACUUUGAUAGAUUCACCUUCUUGAAACGAAUGCAGAACAAGACGAUAGCAUUUAUAGGAGACUCGUUGGGACGGCAACAGUUUCAGUCUCUCAUGUGUAUGGCCACUGGUGGCGAAGAGAGCCCGGAGGUUCAAAACGUGGGAUGGGAGUACGGUCUGGUGAAACCCAAAGGAGCCAUUCGUCCUGAUGGCUGGGCUUAUCGGUUCCCCACCACAAACACAACCGUCUUAUACUAUUGGUCAGCUAGUUUAUCAGAUUUAGUACCCAUCAACGACGACACUCAUCUCACCGCAAUGCAUCUUGACCGUCCACCAGCUUUCAUGAGAACGUACCUCCACCGUUUCGAUGUACUGGUUCUAAACACUGGUCACCAUUGGAACAGAGGCAAGAUCGAAGGAAACCAUUGGGUGAUGCACGUGAACGGAACACAAGUCGAAGAAGAAGGGGAGUUUCUCAAGGAUAUCAAAGACGCUAAAGAUUACACGAUACGCAGCGUUGUGAAGUGGCUAGACGCACAGCUCCCGUUGCAUCCGCGUUUAAAAGCUUUCUUUAGGACGAUAUCUCCGAGGCAUUUUAGAAACGGAGAUUGGAACACGGGUGGGAACUGUAACAACACGGUGCCUUUGUCUAGAGGAAGCGAGAUCACAGGGGGGGAUGGUGGUGAUGGAUCGAUUGAUACAACGGUGGAGAGUGCUGUGAAUGGGACAAGGAUCAAGAUUCUUGACAUAACUGCACUCUCUGAGCUGAGAGAUGAAGCUCAUAUCUCAGGGUCUAAACUCAAACCUAAAAAGGCUGCCAGUAACGUGACCUCCACUCCUCCUCCGAUUGUCAACGAUUGCUUGCACUGGUGCUUACCUGGGAUCCCUGAUACUUGGAAUGAAAUAUUCAUUGCUCAGAUUUAAAGUACUCAACACCCAUUCAUUGUGUACACAAAGUGUAGUUCAGUGUAUUGGCUCUGUUUAUAGGAAGAUUUUGUUUUCUU